CAUUCACCAAAAGUCACCGUACCUGACAACCAAGAGGAAGGCGGAAGCAAAAGGCAAAAAGGUGGAAGCAGACGAACGAGCACAACCAGCACGAUGGCCGCGCGCACGGAGAAGCAGAAGGAGAUGGAGGCGCUCUCCAAGGCAACUCACUUUUCUGAGGAGGAGGUACAACGACUCAUCAACUUCUUUGAGACAGUCGCAUCAAACGGCAAGCUUGAUCGCAAUGCUUUCCGGGAUGUUCUUCACGAGCACUUUAACCUCACAGAGGCCUCCAUGAUGGACCGCUUGUUCCGCGCGUUCACCAACAGUGCGGAGAGCACGAUCAACAAGCACGACUGGGUCAUGGGCAUGUCCUUGCUGCUGCGCGGCACCCUCGACGAACAAAUUGACUUCGUGUACCGCGUGUACACCAACAGCGCUGAGGACUAUGCAACAAAACCCAUCAGCCGUGACACCAUGUUUUUCCUCCUCAAGAACACCAUGGUCAAGAUCCAGAACGAGGAGGAGCGCGAUGAAGGAAUCAAGGAACUCGUCGACCUUGUUCUCAAGAAGAUGGAUGUUGAUCAUGACGGCAAGCUGUCGCUGCAGGAUUAUCGCGAGUCGGUGAUGAAGGAUCCGCUUCUCCUUGAAGCCCUUGGCGACUGCUUGCCAAACGAAGGGAGCGUACGCACAUUUAUGCAGGUUGUCAUGAACACAGAGCCGCCCCUGUAACCGAGGAGCCCAAGUCAAACUUGCCAACACACCACCACGACGCAGCCCCAGCGCGCCUCGCUUGCCUCGACCUGGCCGUGUUGAAGAAGGGGUGUUGUCGAAACCAAACACCUCCCGUAUGUGUGUCACUUCACAUCACGCUGUGGUUGGGUAUUCCUCUUACGUUGUUUUGUGCACGCUUCUCGUUCUGGUUCAAGGUGGUUCAUUGAUUGUACACAUCGUGCGUGCGGGUCUGAAUAAACACAGUGAGACAUAAUGUAAUGUGUAACUCGGGAACAAGCGGCAUUUGUAC